AUGGGGGGAAGCGCCCGGAACCAGGGAGUCCUGGAAGGGGAUGACGCCCCCGGCCAGUCUCCGUACCAGCGGUUAAGUCAGAGAAUGCUGGACAUCUCUGGGGACCGGGGCGUGCUGAAGGAUGUCAUCCGAGAGGGCGCUGGGGACCUAGUGACGCCCGAUGCUUCGGUGCUAGUGAAAUAUUCUGGAUAUCUGGAGCACAUGGACAGGCCCUUCGAUUCUAAUUGCUUUAGGAAAACUCCUCGGCUAAUGAAACUUGGAGAGGAUAUCACGCUUUGGGGCAUGGAACUGGGCCUUCUGAGCAUGCGGAGAGGAGAGCUGGCCAGGUUUCUGUUCAAGCCAACCUAUGCCUAUGGAACCCUGGGUUGCCCUCCCCUGAUCCCCCCAAACACCACAGUCCUGUUUGAAAUUGAGCUGCUUGACUUCCUAGACUCUGCUGAAUCAGACAAGUUUUGUGCCCUUUCAGCUGAGCAGCAAGAUCAAUUUCCACUUCAAAAGGUCCUAAAAGUGGCAGCUACUGAACGGGAGUUUGGCAACUAUCUUUUCCGCCAGAACCGUUUCUAUGAUGCUAAAGUGAGAUAUAAAAGGGCCUUGUUGCUUCUCCACCGACGAAAUGCACCCCUUGAAGAGCAGCACCUGGUGGAGGGUGCCAAGCUUCUCGUCCUCCUGAACCUGUCCUUCACAUACCUGAAGCUAGACAGGCCGACUAGGGCCUUGCACUUUGGAGAGCAGGCUUUGAUCAUUGACCAAAAAAAUGCUAAGGCCCUCUUCAGGUGUGGACAGGCUUGUCUUCUCAUGACUGAAUAUGAGAAAGCCCGAGAUUUUCUAGUCCGAGCCCAGAAGGAACAACCCUUCAAUCAUGACGUCAAUAAUGAGCUGAAAAAACUGGCCAGUUAUUACAGAGACUAUGUGGAUAAAGAGAAAGAAAUGUGCCACCGAAUGUUUGCCCCUUGUGAAAAUGGCUCUGCAGUGGGAGAAAAUUGA